AGUGAUAUCUGAAGUAAAACUUCGGCUUGCGGGCGUUUGACAUUUAUUAUUUAUUAUUUCAAACUUCUGGGAGAAUGUGCUCGUCUUUGAAGCCGGGGCAUACACUACUCUAGGCGAAGAAGGACGGUUCACUCAGCUACUUAAUCUGCCUGGCUACCUCAUCAACACUAGAACUGAAACAGUCCUCUGAAGUGGAGUCAGACAUUCCCUCCAUAAACCAGAGUCCCUAACGUCACUCAUCCAUUCCUCCGGAGUCUUCGUAGGGAUACCGAUUUUGACAUCGCCACGGAUUUCCGGGUGCUGUGAAAGCCCAGUUGCCUUCUGUGGACUUCUGGGUGCUCUGUCGCCAUGGCUACCAACAGGGAACAGCAGGUGGGUCAUAUGACUGGCUUCCCACCUGCUGUCUACCCCUUUGCCUUCAACUCUAAAGCCACUCUCCUUUUGACCUGCUAGCCAACAGCAGCCUUUUUGGGAGAUUUGGUGCCGACCUACCCAAAGAGAUGGCUGCUCUGUCGGUGGAGACCCAGAGCACCAGCUCAGAGGAGAUGGUACCCAAUUCUCCAUCUCCACCUCCCCCACCUCGUGUCUACAAGCCCUGCUUUGUGUGCCAGGACAAGUCCUCAGGGUACCACUAUGGGGUCAGCUCCUGUGAGGGCUGCAAGGGUUUCUUCCGCCGCAGUAUCCAGAAGAACAUGGUGUACACCUGCCACCGAGACAAGAACUGUCAGAUUAACAAGGUCACACGCAACCGCUGCCAGUACUGCAGGCUGCAGAAGUGCUUUGAGGUCGGCAUGUCCAAGGAAGCGGUGCGUAAUGACAGAAACAAGAAGAAGAAGGAUGUGAAGGAGGAGGUGGUGCUUCCAGAAAGCUAUGAGCUAAGUGGAGAGCUAGAGGAGUUGGUCAAUAAAGUUAGUAAAGCUCACCAAGAAACCUUCCCGUCACUUUGCCAGUUGGGCAAAUACACCACCAAUUCCAGCUCUGACCAUCGUGUCCAGCUGGAUCUGGGACUGUGGGACAAGUUCAGUGAGCUCUCCACCAAAUGCAUCAUCAAGAUUGUGGAAUUUGCCAAGCGGCUGCCGGGUUUCACCACCCUCACCAUUGCUGACCAGAUCACUCUCCUUAAAUCGGCCUGUCUGGACAUACUGAUACUGAGGAUCUGUACACGCUACACGCCAGAACAGGACACUAUGACCUUCUCAGAUGGCCUGACUCUGAAUCGGACUCAGAUGCACAAUGCUGGCUUUGGACCGCUCACAGACCUGGUGUUUGCCUUUGCAGGCCAGCUUCUACCACUGGGGAUGGACGAUACAGAAACAGGCCUCCUCAGCGCCAUCUGCCUCAUCUGUGGAGACCGUAUGGAUCUAGAAGAGCCCCAAAAAGUAGAUAAGCUGCAAGAGCCUCUGCUUGAGGCUCUUAAGAUCUACGCCCGCCGCCGCCGCCCCAACAAACCCCACAUGUUCCCUCGUAUGUUGAUGAAGAUCACUGACCUCAGGGGCAUCAGCACCAAGGGUGCAGAGAGAGCCAUCACUUUGAAGAUGGAGAUUCCAGGGCCAAUGCCUCCUUUGAUCAGGGAGAUGCUUGAGAAUCCAGAGGCCUUCGAUGACCAAACAGAAUGCAACGAGAGCCUGCCGCCUCCACCGCCGCCGCCACCUCCACCUCCAGCCCUGGUGCUAAAGCAGGAGGCCGAGGAUGAGGAUGACAGCUGGGCUACAGAAAACGGCAGCGAGCCGUCGCCAGAGGAGGAAGACGAGGAUGACGAUGACGAUGUGGGAGAUGAAGAGCGAGACAGGGGCUCAGACAGCGAUGGGGAGCCGUGGGAGGGUUUGGAUGCCAUAGAUGGGUCGAGGAAAGGCCUUGCUGGGAGGGUGCAGUGAAGACAGCAUUUCAUACAUAUAGUACACACACACACACACACACACACACACACACACACACAAAGCACAUCCUCACUCACUCUCCCACCUC